AUGAUUGUGAAUAAGCCUCUUUACAAAACGCCAAAGCGUCUCCAGAGCAUGCUGCUCAGGAUGCAAAAGUAUGAAGUAAAUCUUAAGUACCGUCCUGGAAAGAAUAUGGAGCUAGCGGAUACCUUAAGUCGUGCGUAUCUGCCCAAUGAGAAACCAUCAAAGGCGGAGUCAGCAGUAGAAGCGAUAAAUAUGCUACAAUUCCUGCCAAUUGCACCAAACCGUUUGAAAGACAUUCAGGACGAAACUGCAAAGGAUAAUACCCUGCAAAAUUUAGGAUCAUCCAUCAGAAAUGGGUGGCCAGACUGCAAAACCUUAGUUCCAGAACUCAUAGUUCCCUACUUUGAGAUCAGAGAUGAGCUGUCUAUCCAAAAUGGAGUCAUUUUUAAAGGAGACAGAGCAGUUAUUCCACAAGCACUACGCAAGGAUAUGCUGACAAGGAUACAUUCAUCACACCUUGGAAUCGAGGGAUGCCCACGACGAGCCAGAGAAUCUGUGUACUGGCCACAAAUGAACGCUGAAGUUAAGGACUUCAUACAAAAGAGUGAAACAUGCCGCACUUUUGACAACAACCAAGGAAAAGAACCUCUACAACAUCACGAGGUACCACCACGUCCCUGGGCAAAGCUUGGACUUGACAUCUUCACUUUCGACCAACGUAACUACUUGAUAGUAACUGAUUACUUCUCAAACUUCUUCGAGAUUGAUGCCUUGGACAGAAUGACAUCCCAUGAGAUCAUCAAACGACUACGAGCACAAUUCGCGAGACAUGGAAUACCAGACCUGUGUGUGUCGGACAACGGUCCUCAAUUUGCCUCUGAAGAAUUUGCUAAGUUUGCCCAACUGUGGGAAUUCCAACACGUAACAUCUUCACCACACUACCCACAAAGCAAUGGGAAAGCCGAACAAGCAGUGAAAGUUGCCAAACAAAUUCUAAAGAAAGCAAAACAUGCAAAAUCUGAUCCUUACCUUGCAUUGUUGGAUUUCAGGAACACACCUACACAGCAUGAGGGAACCAGUCCACCGAAAGAUGCACCAUUUGAGAAAGAGAAGAUCGACAAUGCCAAACAAAAACAAGCAGAGUAUUACAACAGAUCUGCACACCCAUUAUCGCAACUAUCAGUUGGAGAGACUGUCCGAGUCAAAACCCCUAAUAGACCAUGGGAGAAAGGAACGGUUACGGAAGCAAUACCGGAAAGGAGAUCAUACAAGGUAACGACCGAGGCCGGAGCAAACUAUACGAGAAACAGAAAACAUUUGCGUAAAUCAAAUGAAUUGCCGGUGUCAAGAGACAUUCCGUGUGAUCUUCCGUGUGAGACAAAUGAGGCCAAGGAAGUGGCAUCCGAUGUUCCAAAGCCAGUAACAGAUCCUAAGAACACAGUUACCCGUUCUGGACGUGAAGUGAAACCGCCGGUUAAAUACAAUGACUAUGUCAGAUCAUGA